AUGGUAAAGGCUCACAGCUCGACGCAACUGUGUGUUCCAGACAAGAUACUUACUUGUACUGGUAUGUAUAAAUGCAAUCAUUGUCCGUAUAAAGGAAAGUCUCCUAUAGAGUAUACACAUCAUUAUGCUAUACACCGGCAUGUGAAUCAAGUGGGCUUUCCUUGUGGUGUUCCUGGGUGUCCAAGAACUUUCAAAUUGUAUUCAAGUUUUAGCACACACCUCUCUAGAGAUCACCGAAACUACCGACAUGUAAGACAAAAUGUAGAAGCCAACACUGGUAAUUUGCCCAUUAGUACUAAUAGUGCUGACAACGUGAACAACCUGGUCUCUCCGAAUCUAACUUGUGACCAUUGCAAGAAACUGUGUGAUAGUCCUGCAGAAAUAAUGCGUCAUUUGAAGGAACACAUCCGUGAAGGCAUAGUAAUCAAGUGUCCUAUCCAUGACUGUUCAUCUAAAUACAAAGUUGCCUCUUCAUUUACAUCACAUAUGUCACGAUGUCACAACAGCUGGUCAUUAGGGAAUAUGGGAAACCAAGGUGAUGUGCUUGUUCAAGUUGUUGAAAAUGAGAAUACUGCAGUAGGACCCAUCAUACCAGAGGUUAACAUUGAAAAUAAUGUUGAGCCUGCUUGUCCUGAAGCUGCAGUGAUGGACCAUGAUGGACCAGAAGAGAAUGAUCCUGGUGAUGAAACUGAUACUGAAGGUUUAUCAGACAAUGUUUUCUUAGAAAGUGUUGCUUUGUUUUAUCUUAAACUUGAGGCAAAAUUCCAUAUACCGCAAUCGGCUAUCCAAGAGAUAGUCACAAGUGUCUGUGAUUUCCACAAGCUUAGCCAAUAUGAGCUGCAGCUACAGCUUAAGAAACUUCUUUGGGAGGAAGGGGUAACAGAUGAAAAAAUUGGCUAUAUUGUUGAAGAUGUUUUCAAGAGUGAUUUUUUUGAGAUUGUUCAUGAUGGUACACUUAGGUCGAACUACACAAGGAAGAAAUAUUACAAAGAAAGUUUUGAUUAUGUUAUUCCAGUGUCCGUUGGUUUAGGUAGAGACAAGGACAAUAUUGACAGGCACUAUCAUUACGUUCCCAUCAAAGAGACAAUAACAACACUUUUUAAGGACUUGACCAUGCAGAAGCUGUACGAGUUGAAAAGAGACCCCAAACCUGGUGUAUAUCAGGAUUUUCAAGAUGGGGAAGUGUUCAAAACAAACGAAUUGUUUGGUAAUGUUCCAGGAGCGCUAUCACUUGUUUUAUACCAGGAUGCCUUCGAAGUUGUGAAUCCACUGGGAUCAUCUAAAAUAAAACACAAGAUUUUAGCUGUAUAUUUAACUCUCGGCAACAUUUGUCCCCAGCAUCGUUCCAAAGUCGAACCUUUGCAACUUGUGCUUUUGUGUCGUGAAAAGGACUUUAAAUAUUUUAAGAUGGAUAAGAUAUUUGCUCGCCUUGUAUCUGACUUGAAGGACAUUGAAGAGCAGGGUCUACAAAUUGACUCAAAUGAUAAUGGGAAUAAGGUACUCGGGUCUGUUCUGUUUUUUCUUGGUGAUAAUUUAGGAAGUCAUUGUAUAGGAGGUUUUUCAGAGAAUUUCUCCACCCAACCAUACAUGUGUCGGUACUGUCUCAUCACAAACAAAGAAUUUGCUGAGAAUCCAUUGACGGUGUCAGAACAGAGAACAGUGACCAACUACUCAGCAUCCAUCGACAUUUUAGAAGAAGGUGAAAUAUCAAUGCACCAAGGGAUAGUUAGGGCUUCCCCAUUCAACACUUUGAAAUAUUUACAUGUUUGUUCACCUGCUCUGCCACCCUGCUUGGGACAUGACUUAUUUGAAGGCAUUGUAAGAUAUGAUUUAGCUUUCUUUAUAAAGGAUUUGGUAAAGAAAGGGUGGUUCAACUAUGAUUUCCUAAACAGAAUGAUCAGAAAGGUUUCACUGAAAUUGUUUGAUAUGAGGGAUAAACCUCCAGAUCUGAGUAGCAAGGGAGAAAAACUUUCUGGGCAUGCCGCAGAAAACUGGUGUCUUCUCAGAAAUCUCCCUCUUUUCUUGCAUUUGAAAGUACAGAACCCUGAGGAUGAAACCUGGAAGUUAAUUCUUUUACUUCGGGAGAUUGUGGAGUUGGUCUGUUCACCCAAAAUUGCUGAAGGACAGGUGGCUUACCUUCUAGUGCUCAUUGAGGAGUACCUUAAUGAGAGGAAGAAUAUCUUCCCUGAUGUGAAACUUAGGCCAAAACAUCACUACCUGAUACACUACCCUCGGCUAAUUCUUCAGUGUGGACCUCUAAUUAGGUCUUGGACAAUGCGGUUUGAAAGUAAACACGCCUACUUCAAGACUCAUGUUCGCCACUGUGCAAACUUCAUUAACUUGACAAAAUCAUUGACAACAAAGCAUCAGCUGCUACAAGCAUACUUGAGGCAAGGGGAAUAUUUCUGCCUUGGUGUUUCAGCAGUAUCCUCAAUACCAUUUCAUCCUGAAUUGUAUACUCCUCCAUUGGCUGCUGCUGUUAAGAAAUGUGGGAUGCAUAAGGAGUCGGACUUGGUUCAUAUUUCAGACAAAGUUACCAUUGAUGGCACCGAAUAUUGCAAGGGAAUGUACUUGGUUAUAAGGCAUCCUACUGCAGGACGAUUCCGCUUGUAUCUGGCUGACAUUGUGUCAAUGAUGAUAGACAUUGGUGAUUCUUCCACAUGCCAUUUUGUGGUAAAAUUGAAUAUUGGAUUGUACAACAUGGAUCUUGGUGUUUAUGAAGUGGUUUCGAUGGCCGAAGCUCAUGAAACAACUCACGUGACAAAUGCUGAUGCAAUGGUGUGUCUUGACAGAAGUCGACUACUGGAUUACCAACCGCUGAAUGCUUAUCGGAUGGAUGAUAACAUGUUCAUUGCCCUCAAGCACUCCAUUUGUUUUGGGGAAGAAUACUAG